ACUCUUAUAAGUGCAGUGUUCUCUAUUUCAGGAAAGUGUGGAGUUAACGAAUCUCCUUGGGGGUCAAUGAACAAUAGUCAGUGCUCUCUUUACACACAACCCAAUCGGCUAAAUGCGUCAGAUGCUCCUGACAGCUGAGACAGAGUCUCUAAGUAAUAUGCCAGCUGACCUCAUCAUGAUAUCUCCCAGCUGACAAUAAAAUAACUUUCAUUUGAUCAGCAACUGGAUCAGAAGCGUUUUUAUAGCAGCCCAUGAUUGAAAACAAUUGACUUGUGGCCAGAGGACCCGGCUCAGCCUUUAUGAAUACAAGUGCCUCGAAGUGGAGUGUGGUUUGAGCUAAUCACACCACUUGUUUGAUUAACAGUUCCAUCAGCAUGGACCCGUCUAGAAUGAGACACUGAAUUCAACUUCAAUGACAGGUUGCAUUGGUCAAUAAGUAAAGUUGGUACAUUCAGUAAGACGAGAGAGAAACUGCGAGCAACAGAAAACAAGCUUCCUUCACCUCCAUCAGAGAACAGUAACAGUGGCUACAUUCAUCAUCAGAAAGCUCAACUUACUGGAGCCACAUUAAAACAGCUUGCAAGAGACCCAUUGAACCGAUGGAAGUCACAAGGAAACAGUGAACCUCACAGAAUAGAACAGUGAGCUGACACAGGCUCUGUUUAUUGAGAAGUGAGCAGUUUGAUUUAUCUAGCCCAUCUGCCAAACAAGAAAAAAGCAGGAGAGAAAGAGAAGCUUCUUUAUUACAAAGAACCACACCAAAGAUGGCCAGCAUGGCAGUCCAGUUGUUAGGCUUUUUCUUGGGUCUUUUUGGUCUUUUUGGGACUUUGGUGGCUACCGUUCUGCCACACUGGCGAAGGACGGCAUAUGUAGGCUCUAACAUUAUCACGGCAACGGCGUAUAUGAAGGGGCUGUGGAUGGAGUGUGCUUGGCACAGCACAGGCAUCUAUCAGUGUGAGAUCCACCGCUCCCAGCUGGCCCUGCCCAGGGACCUGCAGGCUGCCCGGGCUCUGAUGGUCCUCUCCUGUGUGCUUUCCACUCUCGCUGCCAUUCUUUCAGCAGUGGGGAUGAAAUGCACCCGCUGCGUCCGUGGAUCCUCUGCCAAGAACCCCCUGGCAGUAAGUGGAGGUGCCAGCUUCGUGAUCGCUGGCAUCCUUGGCUUGGUCCCCAUCUCCUGGUCCACCAAUGAUGUCAUCCAGGACUUCUACAACCCCAUGAUGCCCAACGGCAUGAAGUACGAGAUCGGGCAGGCCAUUUAUGUGGGCUUUGUCUCUGCUGGCCUCACCAUCCUUGGGGGAGUCCUUCUUUGCCUGUCCUGUGGGGAGGUCCAGAACCACUUCCCUUACCGGGCCCAAAUCCGCCGCGCCACACACAGGGCUGCGCCAGCUUACCACCCCCCUGCCGCCUACAAAGGGAACCACAACCCCUCCAGCUCCUCUGCCUCCAGCAGCGGGUAUAGACUCAACGACUAUGUGUGAGUGGCGCAGAGACUCAGAGACUGCAGUCACAAAUCAGGAGUGGGUUUGGAUAGCCUCUUAUUUGCAGUGUUGUUCACACAAAUUAUUUAACAUUAUUUCUUAAGGAACAGACUCAAAGCUGAGACCCACAGCUGAUUUUGACGGCUUGUAGAUUUUUGCUGGACAUUAAACCAACUGUUUGGUUGUUGUUGAUUUUGAUUUUGCAUGUUAUGUUUAUAUUUAUUGUUUUCAUGCUCUGUUUUUUUGUAAAUGCACCAUGUGUAAAUGUUGAGUUUGUUUUUCAUAAACACUGUUACAUUUUACUACUGCUGCACAGGUUCUCUUUUAUGUGAAUUGGCAUUGCUUGCUGUUAUUCUGUAUUGCCUAAUUUGGAAACAUAUUUGAUAACAUACACACAAAUCCUUAAGCGGGUGGACUUUCUUAUUUUAACAGGAAUGACAACAGAAGCUUUAACAGAGCUAAAUCACUAUGAUUGCUGCUAGUCAUGGGUUCUGAGGGCAGUGUAUAGCUUCUUACUACAGUAUAAUGUUUGCAUAUUAUUGGUAACACAAGAGGAAGCCUUCUUGUAAGAUAUAAGAUCUUCUUAUAGGAUUCAUCCACAGUGGGAUCAGAAGCUUUCUCACUCAGUAUACACAGGGAUGGGAAUGACCACUAAACUGAUACAUUUCAUUUCCGGUACGGAUUGACUGCCAGCCUUAUCAGCAGCUGGGUACAUGUGUUUGUGUUACAGCUGCUCCAAGUGUUUAACAUAAAAGCAACACAUUGCUUUCAUAAGAAGAGUCAGAGAAAAGAGUCAGAGAUGAGGAGUGAUUUCAUAUUUUGUCAUGUGGUAUAUGUAUAUAUUAAAAUUAAUAAUGCAAACAGCUUGUAUUGUACAGUGUUGCCUCUUUGUACAUCUCCACUCUAAAGCUCUAAUGAUUGAAGGGCUAGUGAUUGGCUUGAGACAGACACAUUUCAAGAUUAACAAAGCUUACCAAGCUUACAAACUCAAGAAUUUAAAGUCUUUGUGUCAUUGUGAAUAAACACAUUUACGUUACUGCUGGCGUUUUUUCAACAGCUAGUCUAGAACACUUCCAUUUUUAUUGUCUCCAUUAAAACAGACUUUGAAAAAAAAAAAAAAACCUUUUCAAACAAUUGUUCAAUAAGCCACGAGAAAGCUUUUUGAUUGGGUUCACUGUGAUCUGUGUACAUUCUAACCUGCUGCUGGUGGGAUUCAGCUCUACAACUAACAGAUCAGCUUCAAGCUUGCCUGGAGAACGAAACCACUUUGCUCGUUCCAUUGUAAUCAUGAGAGGAAACAUGAGAAUACAGUCAAAAUGAUAAGCUACAUAACACUGAACUACUCUGAGCGAUUGCAAUAUACCAUAACAUAAUGUAAUAAGGGAUAUUAAAAAAAAAAUUUAUAUGAAACUACCUGCUCUUUAACCAUUGUACUGCACUUCAUGUUAAUAACUAAACAUUUCAAAAUGAAACAAUGACCUAUCUGUAGAAUUUGACGUAAAUCCUUUAAUUUUCCAUACUCUUCCUCUCCAUUGGCCACACUAGAGUAUAUACAAUACUUGCUUCCUGUGCAACACCGGACCCAGCUGGGAUUGUGAGACAUAGGAAGAUGUGAAAUAAAGUAGGUGGGUGCAUACAGUGACUUGAGAAUGAAGCAUGUAAAACUUCAGCAGUGAUGUCAUGCUAAUGACAGGUAAGAACAUGGGUUCGUCUUGGUUAUUACCCCUGAAACCAUUAUUCAAAAACUUGCCUUAUUAAGUGACUCACUGAACAUCUUGUAUAUUGAAACAAAACCAUGGGAACUGAUACUCUAAAACAGUGGGACUCUCUUGUGGCACAGUCAGUCCAUUCCAAAGCAGGAACUUGCUCUAACCUAGUUCCUAUUACUGAAUUGAACACUUCUGACC